CCAAUCUACACCACUGCACCACCCGCACUCUCUCACUCCUCUCUCUCUACACAAUGGAUUCCCUCACUCUCUUUUCCACCGCCGCCAUCGUUCUCGCCGGCGGCCUCUACUGGUUCAUCUGUAUCCUCGGAUCCGCGGAGCAGAAAGGCAAGCGCGCCGUGGACCUCUCCGGCGGCUCAAUCUCGAAGGAGAAAGUCCAGGACAAUUACAACCAGUACUGGUCCUUCUUCCGCCGCCCCAAGGAAAUCGAGAAGGUGGAGAAGGUCCCCGAAUUCGUCGACACCUUCUACAAUCUGGUAACCGACAUCUACGAGUGGGGAUGGGGCCAGUCCUUCCACUUCUCCCCCGCAAUCCCUGGGAAAUCUCACCGCGAGGCCACGCGGAUCCACGAGGAGAUGGCGGUGGAUCUGCUCAACGUUGGCCCGGGGAAGCGAAUCCUCGACGCCGGCUGCGGCGUCGGCGGCCCGAUGCGCGCAAUCGCCGCCCACUCCGGCGCGAAUGUGGUCGGAAUCACGAUCAACGAGUACCAGGUGAAGCGCACGCGCGCGCACAACAAGAAGGCCGGCCUCGACGGCCUCUGCGAGGUCGUGUGCGGCAACUUCCUCGAGAUGCCGUUCGAGGACAACAGCUUCGACGGCGCCUACUCGAUCGAGGCCACCUGCCACGCGCCGAAGCUGGAGGAGGUGUACGGCGAGAUCUACCGGGUUCUGAAGCCUGGCGCGCUCUACGUCUCGUACGAGUGGGUGACGACGGAGCUCUACCGCGGCGACGAUGCGGAGCACCGCGAGGUGAUCCAGGGGAUCGAGCGGGGCGACGCGCUCCCCGGGCUGAGGUGCUACAGCGACAUCUCGGCCGUGGCGAAGAAGGUAGGGUUUGAGAUCGUGCAGGAGAGGGAUUUGGCGAAGCCGCCGUCGCAGCCGUGGUGGACGCGGCUGAAGAUGGGGAGGAUUGCCUACUGGAGGAACCACAUCCUCGUCACCAUCCUCGCGUUCAUCGGAAUCGCACCCAAGGGAGUUGUGGAUGUGCACGAGAUGCUGUUUGUGACGGCGGAUUAUCUCACCAGAGGCGGGGAGAGUGGGAUCUUCACGCCGAUGCAUAUGAUUCUCUGCAGAAAGCCUGAGUAAGUCGGAUUAGAACAAAUUUUCCUGUUUUUGUACUGUAAUUUGCGUGGGGAUUUGCUCUCUUCUGCGCUCUUGCUGUUUGUUUUUUUUUAGUUUUUUGGGGGUCUUUUUUUUUGUUAACUACUUAUGGGUUUAAUUUAUCAUUAUGUUUUGGUUAUUGAAUUCAAUUUGAAUGAAUAGCAUUAUGAUUUCUUUAA